CCUGAUCCCCGCAAUUGAAUGUUGCAAAGGAACUAGAAGGCAGAUCCUCGUGUAUAGUUCUCCGCAGCCUUCAGGGAGUUUCGAGGAGGAUUAGCCAUGAGGUCACUAUCGAGGUAUCUACCUCAACACGCACCCUUUUCUGCCCUUCUGAGCUCUGUUCUUCCAGACGAUUAUUCCCAUGCCUCAGGACCGGCUUCCGAGACUCUCCCCGGUGCUUUCCAGAGAACCCUUACCUCGAGGCGCGCCAAUAACCGGCUAAGAAGUUAUGAAGCCACCUCAUGUUUGAAGCUCGAAGGAACGACCAAUGACAUGCAAGAAAGACACAGUGACAUGUCAAAGCAGCGACCCUUGAUGCCUUGUUAACCCUGACGCGACUUCGUAGCUGAACGCCGCCACGUAAGGGGUUCUGCCCGCAAAUUUGAAUAUCAGCGGCGCGUUGACUUCAUGGGAAUUUUACCCUUCUGUGGAAGAGACCAGAGAGAAUCCUAGUGCAAAACAAGGGUUAUCGAAGGAGGACAAC